AUGGCUCCACUACGAGGUUUAGCCGGUUUCUUGCUCGCUUUCACGCUUAUUGCAUGUGGCAAAGCAAUAGAGGUUCAUCAGGGCCUGCUCGAUGCGACGAUCGAAGAUCUCCAAGCUGGCAUGCGCCAAGGUUUUUACACAAGCCUUGACUUGGUCAACGCCUACACGGCUCGCAUCUCAGAAGUUAACAAUGAACUGCGCGCUGUAACGGAGAUAAAUCCGGAUGCAUGGGACAUCGCGUUUUCACUGGAUCAAGAUAGGCAGCGGGGGCACAUUCGAGGGACCUUGCACGGCAUCCCAAUUCUCGUCAAAGACAGUAUCGGCACAUUUGACAAAAUGAACACGACCGCCGGCACCUAUGCACUUCUCGGUACCCAGACCCAAAAAGACGCUAUGGUAGUAAAGAAGCUCCGAGAUGCCGGCGCCGUCAUCCUGGGCAAAACGAAUCUCAGCCAAUUUUCCGGCUACCGUUCCAGAAACUCGUCCAACGGCUGGUCCGCCUACGGCGGCCAGGCCACCGGCCCGUACUAUCCCAACCAAGACCCUAGCGGAAGUUCGAGCGGCAGCGCGGUGGCUGCAGCCUUGGCUCUGUCACUCGGUGCUUUGGGAACAGAGACCAAUGGCUCAAUCAUUCUCCCCGCCGCAAAGGCCGCCGUUGUUGGCAUCAAACCUACCGUCGGCCUGACAUCACGGUAUAACGUUGUCCCGGUGUCCCCUUUCCGCGACACGGUGGGCCCGAUAGCACCCACCGUGAAAGACGCGGCCUACAUGCUCCAAGUGAUAAUGGGUUCCGACGUAGACGACGAAGCAACCCUGUUUACUCCCUACCAAAAUACCGUCACGAUACCCAAGUACGUGGACGCGUGCGACCCGAACGCGCUUCAAGGCACGCGCAUCGGUGUCCCGGACCUCGCGCUCAUACGGUACUGGCAGGGGGGCUUCAUAAGCCUGACGGAGGUGCACGCAUUCUACGCUGCGCUGGACGAGCUCGAGGCCGCGGGCGCGGAGGUGGUGCGGGAAGCCAACAUCAGAGAUUUCGACAAGAUGUUUUACCAUGACAGAAACGAUACGCUGAUUGCGGGAAUCGAGCUGGGCAUGCAGGGGCGUAGCACUUUCGACGCCUAUUUAAGGAAUGUGUUGUGGAAUCCGAAGCAUCUUUGGGAUCUACAUGCUGUUGUGGAAAUCAUGAAAGAAGAUCCGCGCGAGGAGUAUCCAGAACGGGAUACGGCUUUCAUUGACUACGCGCUCAACCUUAACCUCAAAAAAACCUCGCCGCAGUACCUCAAGGCGGUGAAAGCGAUUGAAGAACUAGGCGCCGAGACGGGUGGCCUGCUUGGCACGCUGAGAGUCGAAAAUCUGACUGCGGUGGUGCUGCCCACGAGCAUCAGCCACCGCAUUGCGGCGUACGCGAACGCGCCCGUCGUCACGGUGCCGAUGGGCUAUUUCCCGAAGGGAAAUGAGGUUGUGAAGACAAGUUGGGGGUUGGUGGAGCGGGCGGAGGGCAUCCCAUUCGGCAUCGCGUUCAUGGGUAAUCCCUGGAAGGAACAAACGCUGAUUGGCCUGGCGUAUGCAUACGAGCAGCGCACGCAGUGGCGCAAGAAGAGGAAGCUGCACGUGGCGCCGACGACGAAUGUCAUAGGGAAAAACAUCAACGUCGAGGUUGUGACGGAGCCGCCGACGACGAAUGGCACGGGGAAGAAUAUCAACAUCGAGGUUGUGACGGAGCCGCCGGCGACGAAUGUCCCAGGGAAGAAUGUCACCAUCGAGGUUGUGGCGGCACCGCCGUCGCCCUAA